AUUUCUCUUUCCAAAUCUUUAACUUAGUAAGUAUACUAUACUAUACUGUCACUCUUCUCAUUCUUAAAACUCUUACUCAAUUUUUUGUGCUUUUGGUUACAACUAGAUUUUUUAUUAGGGAGGCUUGUAAAAAUGGCUGCAACCACAUCGCCAAUGGCUAGCCAAUUAAAGAGUGGGUUUACCACUAGGGCUCUUGUUGCUCCUAAGGGCAUUUCCGGCCCUGCUUUGCGAGCUUUCCCUUCUUCUAAGAGGAACGUUUCUUUUACCGUCAAGGCUGUUCAGUCUGAAAAGCCAACAUACCAAGUAAUCCAGCCUCUAAAUGGAGACCCAUUCAUUGGUGGGCUUGAGACCCCUGUGACAUCCAGCCCAUUGAUUGCCUGGUACCUAUCCAACCUCCCAGCCUACAGGACUGCAGUCAACCCACUUCUACGUGGUGUUGAAGUGGGCUUGGCCCAUGGAUUUCUUUUGGUUGGCCCAUUUGUUAAGGCCGGCCCAUUAAGAAACACUGAGUAUGCUGGUGCUGCAGGUUCCUUAGCUGCUGCAGGACUUGUAGUAAUCCUAAGCAUUUGCUUGACUAUGUAUGGCAUUGCUUCCUUCAAGGAGGGAGAGCCCUCGAUCGCCCCGUCUUUGACAUUGACCGGGCGAAAGAAGCAGCCCGACCAGCUUCAGACCGCUGAUGGGUGGGCUAAGUUCACUGGAGGGUUCUUCUUCGGUGGUGUUUCCGGUGUUACAUGGGCUUACUUCCUCAUGUAUGUUCUAGACCUUCCUUACUACUUCAAGUGAGUGAGGAAUUUGAGAUCAUGGGUGGUAUGGUUUUGGUUGUAAGGGGCUAAACUUCUAUUAUUGUGAAGACGGAAAAAGAUAUUGUAUAUUCAAGGAAAUACUCUGCUUUCUGUUUGCUCCUUCAUUUGCUUUGUUAUUGUAUCUGCUUUAAUUUGUAUAGUUACAAGACUUACAACUAGAAGUAAUCAAAAUGUUGCUAAUUGAAAUU